UUGCUCCAUUAAUUGAGGAAUCAUAUCGCAGCUCUAGCAUUGCUUUAGAGGAAUCGUCAUCAUGAAUGCUUUAGCAGCAACCAAUAGAAACUUUAAACUUGCAGCUCGUCUCCUAGGCUUGGACUCCAAACUUGAGAAGAGUUUGCUUAUCCCAUUUCGAGAAGUCAAGGUUGAGUGUACAAUACCAAAAGAUGAUGGCUCCUUGGUAUCUUUUGUCGGAUUCCGCGUUCAACAUGAUAAUGCUAGAGGCCCCAUGAAAGGUGGAAUCAGAUACCAUCCUGAGGUAAUUUUGAUCAUCACAAUGAUCUCUCCUUGUUGAGCAAACCCAAAAUAUUGCCGUGCGACCGGUUACAUAGUGCUCCUUAGCUUGUUUUGUAGAGCCCAUUUGAGAUGACUUUUGCAGCAUGUUGAUCAUGAUGAGGUGAAUGCAUUAGCACAACUGAUGACAUGGAAAACAGCAGUUGCAAACAUACCAUACGGUGGAGCCAAAGGAGGGAUAGGGUGCAACCCUGGGGAGCUGAGCGUCUCUGAACUCGAGCGACUCACUCGCGUUUUUACUCAGAAAAUUCAUGAUCUUAUUGGAGUUCAAAUUGACGUACCUGCGCCUGACAUGGGAACCGGUCCCCAGACGAUGGCUUGGAUUCUUGACGAAUACUCAAAGUUUCAUGGCUACUCACCUGCUACCGUUACUGGAAAACCAAUCGACCUGGGAGGAUCUUUAGGCAGAGAUGCAGCUACAGGAAGGGGGGUUCUGUUUGCAACAGAAGCUUUACUUAAAGAACAUGGGAAGUGCAUUGCGGGGCAGCGCUUCAUUAUACAGGGAUUUGGAAAUGUUGGUUCGUGGGCUGCUCAGCUCAUAAGUGAGGAAGGCGGAAAGGUUGUUGCGGUCAGUGAUGUCACUGGAGCUAUAAAGAAUGAGAAAGGGUUAGACAUUACUGCUCUGAUGAACCAUGUGAAAGAGAACCAUGGUGUGAAAGGGUUUCAUGGUGGGGAUGCAGUGGAUCCAAACUCUAUACUGGUUGAAGACUGUGACGUUCUAAUUCCAGCUGCUCUUGGAGGUGUCAUUAACAGGGAAAAUGCAAAAGACAUCAGAGCCAAAUUUAUUAUUGAGGCUGCUAACCAUCCGACUGAUCCGGAAGCCGAUGAGAUUUUAGCAAAGAAAGGGGUUGUGAUUUUGCCAGACAUUUAUGCGAACUCAGGUGGAGUUACUGUGAGCUAUUUUGAGUGGGUUCAGAACAUUCAAGGGUUUAUGUGGGAUGAGGAGAAAGUGAAUGCAGAGCUUCACAAGUAUAUGACCAGAGGAUUGAGAGGUGUGAAGGAUAUGUGCAGAACUCACAACUGUGAUCUUCGUAUGGGUGCAUUUACACUAGGAGUUAGCCGAGUCGCCCGGGCUACGCUUCUUAGGGGAUGGGAAGCCUGAGAAGGAUUUGGAUGCAUCUUUUUUCUUUUCUUUUGGAAUGUAACAGGCAGUAAACACCGUUUACUUUGCCAUGCGGGCUUCUUCAUCUUUAUGCUUCCUAAUGAAUAACUGACUUUUACCAUAUCAUUCCCUCAGACUAUUUAAA